UUCAUUAUGUUGCUGAUUUGUUUACCACUAAUCCUACUUAGUUCUAUUGCUUCUAGUCAAAUUCUAUAUCCUCCGCAAUUUACAACGAAUCGCAUUGUGGGCGGCGAGGAUGCAGCGGAGGGCGUGGCACCUUACCAGAUUUCUCUGCAGGGAGCGACAAAUGGAGCUCACUCCUGCGGUGGUGCCAUCAUCGAUGAACGGUGGAUUAUAACGGCAGCUCACUGUACGAGAGGCAGACAGGCGGCGGCUUUUCGAGUCCUUACGGGCACUCAGGAUCUGCGGCAGAAUGGUUCGAAGUACUAUUAUCCCGACAGGAUUGUGGAGCACAGCAACUACGCACCUCGCAAAUAUCGCAAUGAUAUAGCUCUCUUGCAUCUGAACGAAUCGAUUGUGUUUAAUAACGUCACCCAACCGGUGGAACUGGAUCAUGAGGCCUUGGUUCCAGAAUCCCGCCUCCUUUUAACUGGUUGGGGAACCCUUUCUCUGGGCGGAGAUGUUCCCACCCGUCUGCAAAGUCUGGAGGUCAAGUAUGUGCCCUUCGAACAGUGUCGGGCUGCCCAUGAUAAUAGCACUCGUGUGGAUAUUGGCCACGUUUGUACUUUCAACGACAAAGGACGUGGAGCCUGUCACGGUGAUUCUGGAGGUCCCUUGGUGCACAAUGGCAAGCUGGUGGCAUUGGUCAACUGGGGACUGCCUUGUGCUAAAGGUUAUCCAGAUGCCCAUGCUUCCAUUGCUUACUAUCAUGACUUUAUUCGCACUCAACUUAGUCUUUCGAAAACGGACAGCACCGAUGAUAUUCAAGAAGAAACUACUAUUGUCCACAAUUAGUGUUUAUGUCUUGUAUUUGAGCGAACUGUAUUGAAAA